CACCCUUUCCUUUUUUGCGGUCCACUCCUGCUCAGCGGAGAGGCGCCGCUUGCCGGCGCCGGCUGCUUCUCGCGCCCGCCGGCGAGGUUCCGCUCGGGCGCCUGCUCUGGGAGCACACGCAUGUGGAGGCGCGGCGGUGCGGAUGGCAGGACGCCGGCCGUGCCUGGGCGAGCGCGACGGCGCACAGACGCGUGCCAAACGGCGAACCAUGAGGCAGCUCACCGAGGCCGAGCUUGAGGCCCAGCUGCUCGACGAGUCUGAGAGCGAGGCUGAGCUCGAGGCUGAGCUUGAGGCCGAGCAGCUCGGCGAGGCCAUCCAGCCUUCUUCGUGGCCGCCGGCCGCCAAGCAGCUGCUCGACAACCUCUGCGGCACGCUCAAGGCGGACGACAAAGAUCACCCGUCUCUCAGCAAGCUCUUCGCUCUCUGCACCGAUCCGCAGCACGCCUCACCAGUGACGGGAGAGCGCCAGCGCAAGACGGAAGAGCGCAAGGCCGGGCGCGUGCGCAAGCGCAGGCAGUACAAGCCACCGCGAGACCCGCUGGCCGGAGAAGGCCCCGGCCGCUGCGGGCAGCAGCCUGACCCAGCAGCAGCUACUGCCGCCCUCCAAGCCUUUGGCCGCCGCGCUCUUCCACGACGCCGGACCUGCUUGCAAGACGUAGACAGGCACGCACACACGAGCGUCUGCGCUCCUGCACUGCCUGCCCCUCUCUGCCCUCUGCCGUUGUUCCACCUCCGCCUCCUCCUCCACCACCACCACCACCUCCUCCUCCUCCUGUCUCCUGAUCCUCCUGUGUCUCCCUCCUUGUCACGAUACCCCACGGUCUGACACAUCGCGCUUCUACGCCCAGCAUGUCGCGCGGCAUUCCGAGCGAGAUGCGCACAACAGGGUCCGGCAGCGGCGGGCGCAUCCUGAUGUCCUUUGCCCUGCCCGUCGCGCAGCUGAAGCAGGGCGGGGCACUCUUGCACCUGCUUCUACUCCCAGCGGCACCCCUUCGCACGUGGCCUUCCAUCUUCUCCUCGUGUGUCAUCUCCCUGCGCGUCCGCCCUCGUAGUUCU